AAAAAAGAUCGAGACAAAUCAAUCUACCGCAGGAGUAAAUACGAUUAUCGAUCACGGCAUAGACCGAAGAGUAGCGUGAAAUCGGGGCAUUUUCGAGAGAAACGCGAUAUCGUUUCUAGAUUACACGACGAAUGUGUAAAAAGUCGUGAUAAGAGAGAUGUAAACGAAGAGAGAAGCAAAAAAUGGAAGAAAUUGGAGAGCAAUGCCCGAACUGAUAACCGUAAAAUGACCGGAAACGUGAAUAUCUAUAUUUGUUCUGAAGCUACUGAGAAUGCGCAGCCGACGAAAUCGAAAAAACAGCAGCCGUGUGCAGAAUCGAGCUCAGAAACGACCACGGGUCGAUCGGACCUUUCCUCCAGCAAACUCGUGACGUGCAUCCGAAACAAGCGCAGAAAGUUCAAGGAACAAACUCUUAGCAAAAAGGAUGAAAGCAGCGAUAACAGUUCCAGCCUCGUUUCUAAAUCCAUCACUGAAAGCGAACAAGAUCUCAUCGACGUCUGCAAACAAAUCAGCGAAAAAGACACGGAAUCAACCUUAACAGAAUGCGAAUGCAAAGACAGUAGCGAUGCAACGAUCGCAUCGGAUCAGUCUUUGAGAAGAACAAAAUUUGUGGUCUGCGACGCUGUGGAGAAACCGUGUUCCACCAUUUAUCCUUUGAAGGCGUCUUCCAAGUCGGAGAGCGAAGAAUGGUCGUCGAAAUCGGUCCGCAGCAGUCGCGACUCUUCGCUCGAGACACUGAGAACGGUCUGCGAUAAGAAGCGAGGACCUGAAUUAGGAUAUAAUAAUUAUUACCAGAAUAAUUUGAAGGAAGAUUACGAGAGCAAGAGGAAGGUUAUGAGUGCCUGUAGGUGUCGCAAGAAUCGGGAACAGGUUGGUGGAUGCAGUUGUGGUGAGAAGAGGAGAAGAAAAGAGAAUUUGAAACCUUCAACAUGUGCUUGCAUUGCGGAGGAAGAGGAAGAUGUCUGCAAUGAUGAAGACUGUCAGAAACUGCAAGAGAGCGUUUGUCAAAAUGUGGAGAGAACUGAAGAACAAAUAGUGCCGUGCACAGAGGGUGUGAAAGAGAAGGUAGAAGAGGAGAAACCUGAAGAGGAUGAACCUGUAAAGGAAGAUGCACCUGUAAAGAAGGAUGAACCUGUAAAGAUAGAACCCGUCGAAGAAACGAAGGAACCGUCUCCAUUAACACCUCGGAGAUUAGUAAGACCAGAAGUAGUGGUCCUAAAGAAUAUUUUAAAACAAACUAAACCGCCUGCGCAAACUAAUCCUGGACCGGCGAAAGUGACUUCAUCGCCGUCGAGUAAUCCAAGUAAUUCGCAAGUCAAAAACGAGCCGGCGUUUAUGAAAAAAUUUAACCUUCGCGAGCAGUACAAGUUUAUGAAGAGACCGGAUGCUGAAGAAACUACGCAAAAAGUGGAAGAGGAAGAAUCGAAAGCUCCUUCGAAGGAAGAGGAAGAAUCGAAGGCUCCUCCGAAGGAAAAGGAAGAAUCGAAGGCUCCUUCGAAGGAAGAGGAAGCUCAAAAGAAUCCAGAAGAUAAUGUUGCCAGGAGGUCCUUCUCGGAAAGAAUGAAGGGUACGUUGUUUUACAAGACUUUCAGAAAAGUUGUCGACAAGGCGAGUCCGGAUAGAAAGAACGGGAAAGAGGAGAAAGAUGCGAUCGAAGAUACGGAUACUGAGAAAAAGGAGGAGAAAACAGAUGUUGAUCAGAGAGAAGAUUCUAAGGAGUCGAAAGGGAAAUUCAUGAAUAUAUACAAAAUCAUGAAAUCGAAGAGGAGUAAAAAGAAUUCAAAUGAAGUUACUUUAGAGAAAAAUUCUGAAAAGGAUGAAUCGAAGGCUGUACCGAUGGAAGAGAAGAAUGUUCCUCAGGAAGAAGAAAAAGAUGUUCAAGAAGGAUCAGAAAGAAGAGAUAAAAAGAAGGAUGAGAAAGAAGAGAAAGAAAAAAGUGCAGAAGUAAUUAUUGAAAAUGAAGACAAAGUGAAAUCGAUCACUCCAGUUACAAAACCUUCCUCAAUUAAAGAUAUCAAGAUUGAAGAAGAAAAGAAAGAUAAAAAGACUGAAAGAGUGAUCGAACCUCAAGAAGCAAAGAUCGAAGACAGAGAAAUUCGCAAAAAAUUCGAUCAGUCAAAGAAGGAAGAAAUGAAGAAACCUGUAGAAGAGAGACCUAAGAGAAUCGACACACAUUCGGAAGCUACAGUGUGUGCACAAUGUAUUCGAAGGAAAUCACAGAAAGAAUCGAAACAUUUCGUGGCUCCACCGCGUAUGCAGACUCUGCCAUCGGAACCCCAUACCACAUGCAUAAAUACGAAAUUCACAAGAUGCGACGUUAAUAACAAUUAUCCUAAUGAAUCUUUUAAUGAAAGCAGGUGUAACUGCUGUUAUUUACCGAUAUCUCAGUGCACCAAUGAAUUCGUGAGCCAUCCGAAGAGCUGUUUGAAGAAGGAGAGACAGUUUCGUUGUGUCAAUUCGCAGGAAAAUUCUUCGGUUUUGUGCUGCGAUAAGAGGAACUGGGAAGAGUGCGGGUGCAGGAGGGUGGUCUUGUGCGAAGGGUGUCGUAGGCCGAGGACUGAGUGCUGGUAAGUUAAUUCUUUUUUGGGUAGAUG